AGGAUCCUGGCUGAAGGGUGCACUCCAAUCUGGCAACCCGAGCGCGAGCUGUUCUGUCAUUCCUGCUCCUCUUUUUCCGUCAAAACACAGAAACAGAGAAAUUAAACAAAAUAUCAAUAAACCGGUUUGGGUUUGCGUUAAGGAAUCGCCGGAACAAGACUAGUCACGAGACAGACAUGACGACACGGCGGAAAGCGCGCGAGCUGCCGAGAGAAUAAACUGGAGGGAAGGACACACACGUACAUACACACAUACACUCACACACACACACGCACUCGCGCGGACAUGAUGAUGAGUCUGGACCGGUCCGGGUGUGAAGGGAAGAUCGCACCGGAGGGCGUUACUGGCUCUCUGGGGCAGCCGCCACCGCGCGCUCAGCUUUCCGCCGUUGUGCGCGCGCGUGAGAUGCGUUCUCUUCAACAGCAUCAGCAGCAGAACCAGCACCAUCAUCAUCUUCAUCACCAUCUUCAUCAUCACCACCACGCUGGCGGUGCGCGCGAGCCCGACGAGCUGCUAAGGCGUGCGCUGGACUUUAAGACGCAGGGCACGCAAUGCUAUCGGGACAAGAAGUACCGCGAGGCCAUCGGUAAAUACCACCGCGCGCUGCUCGAGAUGAAAGGACUGGGCCGCGCGCUCGGGUUCGGGGACGCUGACGUCAGCGCGAGAUCUCCUAGCAGGUCGGGGCUAACGGAGGAACAGAGGGGAGCGGCAGAGAGCGCGGAGCUCGAGUGCUACAACAGCCUGGCAGCGUGUCUGUUACAGAUGGAGCUGGUGAAUUAUGAGAGGGUGAAGGAGUACUGUCUGAAAGUCCUCAGGAAGGAGGGAGAGAACUUUAAAGCUCUGUACCGCUCGGGCGUGGCCUAUUAUCACCUGGGAGACUAUAACUCCGCCCUACACUACCUGCAGGAGUCCCACAAACAGGAACCCACAGAUACCAACGUGAUCCGCUACAUCCAGCUGACUGAGAUGAAGCUCCGCCGAAUUGCUCAGGGAAAGAAGGAUCCUGUGUAGUUCACUCGUCUGUCUCACCACCACUGUUUUCAUUGCACACACACACACACACACACACACACACACACACACACACACACACACAGUGUGAUCUUUAUAACUUUAAUGUGAACAUCACUGAUAACAGUUUUGUCUAUCUGCAUGAAACAUUCAGUAACGUCUGACUGCAGCUCUCUAAAAUCCUGUAGUGCACAGUCAUCCAUCCCAGACAGACAGACAGACAGACAGACAACAUAACAGAUAGACAUAGACAGACAGAGACAGUUAGACAGGCAGGGGUGAGACAGGAAGGAGGAAAGUUGUCUCACUGUGCUGAAUCACUUCCAUGUCGCAUCACUCUGUUUCUUCAUCAAGCUUCAAAUCCAAAAAAAACCCCAAAACCUGAGAUGAAGGUGAUGAUGUCAUUUCCUGAAACCAUCAGACUGUUGUGUUAUAUUCAGUGGAAUAAACUCGGUGUUUUUCUGUCUUCA